AUGCGAUCAUUUAAUCUCUUAGCGUUAUUGCCGCUGGUACUCGCCAACCCGCUGAAUGUCCGCACCACCGCCUGCAACAACUCUCCCGACCUUUGCGAUAAGACUUAUGGCGAGAUUACACAUUUGGGUGCCCACGACAGUCCGUUCGUGCGUGACUCUACUACCGAUGAAUCUAUUGCCGGUGACCAAUACUACGACACCACCACCCAACUCGACGCCGGCGUCCGAUUAGUAACCGCGCAAGUCCACAAGAGCGACUCAGCAUGGCACCUAUGCCACAGCAGCUGUGACCUGCUCGACGCAGGAUUACUGCAGACAUGGCUCGGCAAAAUCAAGACCUGGCUAGACGACAACCCCAACGAAGUCGUCACCAUUCUCCUCGUAAACUCCGACUCCGCGACCGCCGCCGAGCUCGGCGCCAUCUACGAGGCCGCCAACAUAACCAGCUACGCAUAUGAGCCCACCUCCCAGACCACCGCCCCAUCCAGCUGGCCAACGCUCCAGGAGAUGAUCAACAACGGCACGCGGCUCGUGAACUUCGUCGCAUCCCUCGACACAAGCUCCAGCUACCCCUACCUGCUCUCAGAAUGGGACUUUGUCUGGGAAAACAACUACGACGUGACCGACGCCUCGAACUUCACCUGCACACCCAACCGACCCUCCACCUACGACAACGACCUCACGUCCGCGCUUGCCUCCAACUUCCUCCCCCUGAUGAACCACUUCCUCUACUCCACCAUCUCAGUCCUGGACAUCGAGUACCCGAACGCCAGCUACGUCGCUACCACGAACGCUCCGUCCGGCGGCACGGGCAACCUGGGAUCGACGGCGACGAAGUGCAAAGAGGCGUACAACGGUCGCCAGCCGACGUUUAUCCUUGUGGACUUCUUCAACCGUGGUCCGGCCAUCGAUACCGUCGAUAGCUUGAACAACGUUACCAAUGCCGUCGGCAGGACCUCUGUAUCGACGACUGCCUCGACGUCCAGCAGUGAUGGCUCGACCGUUAACGGUGUCCUCACUAGCCUAGUCAAUCUGGCCGAGUCUGCUCGGUCUGGAUCUACCCCCACGAUGGGUAAUUGGAUCUGGGUUGGUGGUAGCUGGGGCAGUAUUCUUGGAGGUGGCAUCAGCCUCUGA